UGCUGCCAUAAGAAAUAUUCUAAUUACCCAAUAGGGUAGGCUAAUAAGCCAGCCCUGUAAUAUUAAUUUUUUUUUCUAUCAAAAUUAUGUUAUUUAUUUAUCACGGAAUGUUAUCACAAACAUAAUAUACAAAGGCAUUUAAAGAGCAAAACGCUUUUUGAACUUAUUUCAAUAAAAUACGCACUUGAAAAGGAACGCAUUCACUUGUUUACCUGUUUCAACUUGUUUGAAUUUCAAAAUUUCGAUACAAGUUGCAACAAGUAGCCGCAACAUUUAAAUUCACUUUGCUUAGCUAAGCAGCUAAGCACUGUGAAUAUGGAUUUAAUUUAGUUCUUUAACGUUAUUAACUAUAGUCGGUGUGUUAUGGAACCCAUAUGUUUCUCGCAUUACUUUAUAAAUAAACAAAAUGUAAGAACAUUUAAAAAUAUUCUUAAUUUGAAAUAUCUAAAGGUAAACGAUAUUAAAGUGUUAUGUGAAUAUUUAUUUGAAGACAAAUGUUUGGUGGACGAACUAUCAGAGACAUUUUUUAUUUUAAUAGACGAGGUAAGAAAUAAUGUAAGAAUUAAUUGCAAAGAAGACUUUAAACAGUAUUUUCCUCUGUCCAAGUAUUCAGAAACUAUGAAAGCAGUUGGCAAGGAAGAUAUAUUCAUGGGAUGCAUAAAGGCUUUACAAGAUGUUAUACCUAGAAAAAUAUACGGUGGAAAUCAUAAUUAUAAAAUUUUUCGAAAACUAGUCCAUAUAAUAAUUUAUAGUAUGAAUCGGCAAUGUUUAUUUUUUACAAGAAUAUUGAGAAAAUGGGAUUUCUCUGUGUUCCCGUGGAAAACGAUUUCUAUCGACACUGCUAAAAAGUUACUAUAUAAAUUUUUAUAUUGGAUUAUGAAAUAUGUGUUAUCAGCUAUUAUAAGCUUAAAUUUUUAUGUAACUACAUGUAAAUUAGAUUCGGAUGAAAAUAGGCUGUAUUUUUUUAAAAAAGAACAUUGGCAAAGUUUUCACGACAAAACAGUCUCCAAUAUGUUACUUACCAAAGUUAUUGAAAAAUGUAAAUUUCAAUCAGGAAAUAGACAUAACAAAAAUUUUAAUCUACAAGUAAGGUUGUGUCUGAAGAAUCUUAAAAAAGAUAUUCCAAAACUUCAUUUAAUACUCAAACCUAAUAAUAAUUGUAGAAUAAUUGUAUGCUAUAAAAAUAAUCAGUUAAGUAAAGAUGAGAAAUUAAAAAUUAAAGAGAAAUUAACAUUUAUAAAUUUGUUAACUGGCAAGACUCAAGAGAAGUUGGAGAAACAAUAUGAGUUGUUGCAUACAACAUGGCUAGAAAAGAACAAACCAAAACUUUAUUUUAUAAAAACAGAUCUUACUAAUGCUUUUGGUUGUAUUAAUAAACAACAAUUAUUAGAAAUAAUUCAUAAAAGAAAUUUAAUGUUGCAAGAAUCUGAGAAAUGUAUGCAUGUUAAAAAAAAGUUUGCGCAGAAUUUUACAGAUAUUAUGUCAGAGUUACAAAAGCCUUUAUUAAUUCGUAUUGGUUCAACGAUUUAUGAAUGGAAAGAAGGUUUAGUACAAGGGUACAAAUACUCACCGGCCCUUUCUGAACUAUAUUAUUCUUAUAUGGAUGAACUUUAUUUCCACGAACAUCAUACAAAUGUAAAAGAAUUAAAACUAUUUGUUCGAGUAGUUGAUGAUUAUUUAUAUAUUACAAACUCAUUGGAGGAUGCAAAAUCAUUUCUAAAUGCUUUAUCUAGAUAUAAAAAUAUCAACUAUGAUAAAACAUUAGUGAAUUUUCCUCAUGAAUUUAUUAAAUUCAGCAAUAUAAUGACAUUUUUAGGUUAUUCAUAUAAUACAAAUACAUUGACUGUUAGUCGGGCAAAUAAUGUAUAUACUGGUCAAAUGUGUUAUAAGAUCUCUUUUUCUCAUGCUAUAACAAAUCUUUAUAAAUUCAUAGAGAAUCGCAUCGGUGUAUCAGGUAUCCAUAUAAAUGGACAUAUUUUUAAUCUACAUUAUAACUCUGAGGAAUUAUUAUGGCAACAUAUAUUUAUAACAUUUUGUUUAGCUGCUAAUAAGUUUUGUACAAUAUUGUCUAUACUCUGUGAUGAAGAGAUUGUUGAAUAUUUUUUUCUCUACAAGAAAAAGGUAACAGUAAAAUUAUCCAAUUUUAUUAUAGAAAUAAUAAUGAAGAAUAAACUGAAAAGUGUUGAUUUUGUACAUUGUAUAAAUCAUUUGAGAUAUCUUUCAUAUAAAGCUUUAUAUUUAUGUGCAAAGUUGACAUCAAAAUGUAGUAAAUUGGUUCCGAUUAUUAAAACAGAAUUAGCUAAAACAAAUUGUAUGUCUGGUAAAUGGCAGGAGCAUGCUAGCGUUUUAUAUACUAAUGGAAAAAUGUGUAAAGCAGCUAUAAAAGAAAUCUGUCGUAGACCAGAUUUGAAAAUAAUCAUGAAGAAAUUUGAUAAUUUACCUAAUGGAUUUCAAUGUUAUGUUAGUAAUAAGUUAUUGAAUGAUAAAUAAAAGAUCUAUUUAUAAAAUUGUUUUAUUUUAUGUGUAUAAAAGAUAUUAAAAAAAGAUUCAUAUGGACGGAAUUCAGUGCAAAACAUUAAAUAAUUCAUUUUCAAAAUAUAAGUAAUACAAUUUGUAUAUCUAUACAAAUAGUAAAAUAUGUCAGAAUAUCAAAAUAAAAAUUUCAUAUUUCGCGUAGAUGGUCGCGUUGAUGACGAAAAGCGCAAUAAAAAAAAUUGUCUGUAAGCCUCGUUUGUUCCGGAUACUCUCCGUAACUCCGCCGAUUUUGACGUGUCUUUUACCAUAGGAUAGCUGACGAAGACAGGCACAUUAUAAACUACUAUUUUUUUUAAAAUCCGCGCUAUCGAAGUUUGCGGGCAACAGUUCUGUUUGAUAAAAUUGAUGGAUUAUCAAAUAAAAUUGUCAAAAUUUUAACUUUAUAGGCAUAGCUGUCAAAGGGUUUACAAUAAGAUAAUAAUCACAAAUAAAAUAAUACAAAAGUGAUUCACAUGGACGGAAUACUUUACAUUAAAUAAACAAUACUGAAUGUAAAUGUAUUGUAAGGCAUAUUUACUUACAUAAUACAGAGGAGAAACUUAUGUGCUUAUAAUUUUUAUUACAUAAAUCAAUAACUUAUUUCUAUCAUUUCGAGUCUUAAUCUAGUAUUACUAAUUUUAGUCUAGUUUUAGAUAAACAGCUGUCAUAAGAGUGUAAAAAAUGUUGCCAUAUCUUUACUAAUAUUAAACAAAGGAAUAAUUCGCAUUUUUGUAUAUAACAACUCAAAAAGUACUGGACCGUUUCCAAAAAUGUAUCAUUAGAAAGCUGCCUUAACAC